AUGGCCAGGAUCUAUAAUCUUGCUUUGAGCUCACUCAUUCCUGAAAUAUUUACCCCAAAAAAACAGAUCAUCUUCUACGAGGACAGGAACUUCAUGGGUCGCUCCUAUGACUGUAGCAGCGACUGCUCUGAUAUGUCAUCCUACCUGAGCCGCUGCCACUCGUGCAGGGUGGAGAGCGGCUGCUGGAUGGUGUACGAUCACCCCAACUUCAUGGGAAACCAGUAUUUCCUCAGGAGGGGCGACUACGCCGACUACAUGAACAUGUGGGGCUGGGGCAACAACUGGAUCAGGUCCUGCCGCAUGAUCCCAAUGUACAGGGGCUCGUACAGAAUGAGGAUGUACGAGAGGGAGAACUUCAUGGGUCAGAUGAUGGACGUGACUGACGACUGCGACUCCAUCAUGGAUCGCUACCACUGGUCAGGCGGAUGCCACUCAUGCCACGUCAUGGACGGCCACUGGCUCAUGUACGAGCAGCCCCACUACAGAGGCAGGAUGUGGUACUUCAGGCCCGGAGAGUACCGCAGCUUCAGGGAGAUGAUGGGAAUGAGCGGAAUGAGGUUCACGAGCAUGAGGCGCAUCAUGGAUUCCUGGUAUUAAACAAAUCGAAUUGUGUAAAUACUGAAUAAAAUGCUUAAAAAUGA